AGGUCCAUCCCACAGUUCGACACGAGAGCUGAGCGAGUGCGGACGCGUGCAGCGGCUAACAAGCGAAAUAAAACACAUUGAGAGAGGGCUGUAAACAGUGCUGUAAACAAAACAAAAACUGUGUGAACUUGAGAGAACUGUGGGUGGAGUGUACGUGCCUGCCAUAUGCGUCUUUGGUGGCUGCGCGAAGGUGCCACAGAUUAAUUAGCAAUUAACGCUCACCCACUGCAAUAAGCGACGGCCGACAACCGACGACCGACACUCCACAGGCCGCAGUAUGUCCGAAAUUAUUGAACUAAAUGUUGGCGGUGUCAGCUACACGACCACGCUGUCCACGCUGCUGCAGGACAAGUCCUCGCUGCUGCACGAGCUCUUCAGCGGCGAGGGGCGCGAGUCGCUGGCCAAGGACAGCAAGGGGCGCUACUUCCUCGACCGCGACGGCGUCCUCUUCCGUUACAUCCUGGACUAUUUGCGCGAUAAGGCGAUGAAUCUGCCAGAGGGCUUCCGCGAACGGCAGCGCCUGCAGCGGGAGGCGGAGCACUUCAAGCUCACCGCCAUGCUGGACUGCAUACGUGGGGAGCGGGACGCCCGUCCGCCCGGCUGCAUCACCAUUGGUUAUCGGGGCAGCUUUCAGUUCGGCAAGGACGGCCUCGCUGAUGUCAAGUUCCGCAAACUGUCCCGCAUCCUGGUCUGCGGCCGUGUGGCCCAGUGCCGCGAGAUCUUCGGCGACACGCUAAACGAGUCACGGGAUCCCGACCAUGGCGGACCCGACCGCUACACCUCGCGCUUCUUCCUGAAGCACUGCUUCAUCGAGCAGGCCUUUGACAAUCUGCACGAUCAUGGAUAUCGUUUAGCCGGCAGCUGCGGCUCGGGGACGGCUGGCUCGGCCGCGGAGCCCAAGCCGGGCGUGGACACGGAGGAGAACCGCUGGAACCACUACAAUGAGUUUGUCUUCAUCCGGGAUUAGGGCCAUCAGCCGACUAUGCCCCCUACGUUAAGCCCGCAGCCCCACCAGCCCCCACCCAAGCAGCUGUCUCUAUCCUUCAGUGUUUCGUUAUGUCCUGCAUUCUGCUGAGGCCCACAGGCAACGACUCAACAACAAGAACAACCAACAGCUGACAUCGACAGCGACAUCGACAUCGACAUCCUGUCGUACUUGCGACCUUGUUCUGCCUGCCUCGUCAGUCUUACGCUUUAAUGAGCAUCCAUUAUGCGCAUAGGAGAUCAUAAAUUGGACAGCAACGAACAGUGGGUGAGCAGAGCAAAGCCAAGGAGAAUCCAAAGGUUUGAGUUUCAACCCACCUCUCGAUAUACUUACUAUACAAAUGGGAACAUUUCAAAUGUACAAUUGAACCAACACAAUCCACAACACCUACCCCUAAGCCUAGACAAUUAUUUAGAAAAACUUUAUCUUCCUUUCUUCGAUUUGCCUGCUAAUUAAAUGCGAGUUACACUCUUAAUGUCCGGGGGAGCGGGAGAGACCCAUCAAAUUUGAUAUGUUGAGCUGCUGCGCAUAAAUUUCGCUGAUGAAUGAAGACGAAUUUGGAUUUACGAGCAGACAACAAAGUGAAAAUGAAUUGGCAGCGGCAGCGGCAGAGAGCGGGCAGCAGAUACGCAGCAACAAAUCGAACAUUUUAUUAGCCCCAAAAUCCGUUAAUGCAUUGCAGAAUAAACAAAACGAGUGGAAUACAUAAAACAGAA